AUGAUUCCAACUAGAAUUUUAUUAAAUGUUCCAAAAACAGGAGCUAAACCAUUGAAAUAUCCAGUUGAAAUGACACCUUUAUUUGCUGCUGUUGGUGUUGCAAUUGCUUCUGGUUUCUUUUUCACUUAUAGACAUUUUUCAAAUGAUAAAGAAUUAAGAGUAUGGAAAAAUCCAAAUUUAUCAAAUUUAGAUGAUGUUUUGGAUCAUGCAAAUAGAGAAAAAGAAUUACAAAAUACUCAACAACCAAAGAAUUAA